GCCACCGCUUUCCAAAGCUAGAAAAAAAAAACCGCAUAUUAAUUUCGAAAUUGAAAGAGUUGGCACUCGUCGUCUUCAACCAAACUAGCAAUCAAAUCCAUUCUCGAUACAAUUUCCCCAAAUUUUCUUCAAAUCGAUCCAGAUAUUUCGCAUCACAGUUUCACAGCAUCUAUGGGUUCACCCGUCUUAAUCUACCCGGUAUUUGUUUGAUUUUUACUGGUAUCGUCUUCCGCCAUAAUUCAAGGCUUCGUUCUCGUCAUGGCAGAGAAUCUAGUUCCUAUUCUGGCAGAUCAUGGUUAUCACCGACCACUUUACAACCUUAAGCGCUCUCACUGGUGGACUGUUGUCGUAUUCAACAUAUUAUUUCUUAUUGUUGGUCAAGCUGUUGCUGUGCUUUUGGGAAGGUUUUAUUAUGAUAAGGGUGGGAACAGUAAAUGGAUGGCUACUCUUGUCCAAACAGUAGCUUUCCCUCUCCUUUUCAUUCCAUACCUUUUCCUCCGCUCCCCUGAUGAGUCUACUAGUUUAUCAGCGCCACCUUCUACUCGCCUGAUGAUCAUAAUCUAUAUUGUUGUUGGGGUCAUUAUUGCUGGAGAUAACAUGUUGUAUUCCAUUGGAUUGCUAUACCUAUCAGCUUCUACUUAUUCUCUCAUCUGCGCCACACAAUUAGCAUUUAAUGCAGUUUUCGCAUUCUUCAUCAACCGGCAGAAGUUCACUGUCUUAAUACUGAAUUCAGUGAUAAUUCUUUCGUUAUCUGCUGCCCUGCUCGCUACCAAUGAUGGUUCAGAUAAACCUUCAGGGAUCUCCCGGGGCGAGUAUUUUCUUGGAGUUUUUACUACCCUUGCAGCCUCUGCACUGUACUCCCUCGUGCUGUCCCUCAUGCAGCUGACAUUUGAAAAGGUUCUGAAGAAGGAGACUUUCUCUGUUGUUCUUGAUAUGCAGAUAUACACAUCAAUUGUGGCAACUUGUGUCACCAUUGUAGGCCUCUUUGCUAGUGGAGAAUGGAGGACUAUAAAGGGAGAAAUGGACAGCUUUGGCAAUGGAGAGGUUUCUUACAUAAUGACACUGGUAUGGACAGCCAUAGCGUGGCAAAUCUGUUCAGUUGGUGUUGUAGGCUUAAUUUUUGUGGUAUCUUCUCUCUUCUCCAAUGUUAUCAGCACCCUUUCUCUAGCAGUCACUCCUAUUGCUUCUCUGGUUGUCUUCCAUGACAAGAUGAAUGGGGCGAAGAUAAUUGCUAUGUUGUUGGCCUUUUGGGGCUUUGCUUCUUACAUAUAUCAGAACUAUCUCGAUGAUCUUGAGGUGAGGAAGAAUCAAACUGAAUCUUGUGAUGCCACCAACACAAGUGAUCCUUGUUAACUGAAGAUCUCCACUCCAUAAACUCGACUUUUAGGGGUUCCGAUUAUCAGUCAAUUUCUCAUUGCAAAGAUUACUGCUGCCAGUGAUUUUGAGAUGAAUUUUGUAGGUUUAGAGUUGAAUUGUGUUAUAUCAGACCAAAUAUUUCUGAUACAAAAGUGUAGAGAUAUGGCUGAUCAAGAAAUCUGUGCAAUAAUUCAAGUUAUGAACAUCAUUGAUAGUCUAUGGUGAAUUUGUGCAAUAUACAACCUUGGCCUUUUCUUCUGAAUAAA